AUGGCGCCCGCAAGGAAAAAGCAGAGGCUCUCAAACGGCUCAGUCGCGGCUGUUGAAGAAACUGAAGAGGCCGCAGAAAUUGCAACGCUACCUGCAGAAGAAACUCCCGCUCAAGCACAAGAGAAAGCAGUUCAGCAGCGCCGCUCGCUAUUUGUACGAUCUCUGCCGGCGUCCACCACGAACGAGACUUUGACCGAACUGUUUUCCGAUUCGUACCCCAUCAAACAUGCUGUCGCGGUCACCGAUCCUGCCACGAAAGAGUGUCGCGGAUACGGCUUCGUCACAUUUGCAGAUGCAGAGGAUGCGGCCAAGGCGAAAGAGCAGUUCAACGGACAUCUGGUAGAUGGAAAGAAGAUACGUGUUGGGGUUGCUGAGCCUCGUCAUAGGAAUGGAGAAGGGCCAGCAGCGGACAAGAAGAAGCCGCAGCAUGAGGAACCGCAAGCAGCACCACGUUUGAUCGUGCGUAAUCUGCCGUGGUCUAUCAAGCACCCUGAUCAGCUCUCCAAGUUGUUCUUGAGUUAUGGCAAAGUCAAGAAGGCUUACAUCCCCAAAAAGGGAGGCGGCUUGCUUGCUGGUUUCGGGUUUGUGGUCAUGAAGGGGAAGAAGAAUGCUGAGAAGGCGAUUGCAGGCGUCAACGGCAAGGAAGUUGAUGGAAGGACAGUGGCUGUCGAUUGGGCUGUUGAGAAGACCACGUACCAAGACUUGGAGGAUAAGAAAGAGGAAGAAGAUGGGGGGUCAGAAGUUUCAGACUUGGACGACGCCGAGGACCAAUCCGAGGGCGAUGAAGAGGACAGCGCUGAGGAUGACAGCGAGGCUGAUAGCGAUGAUGAAAGCGUGGACAUCAAAAUCGAUGGCAAAGAUGAGCCACAGCAUCACAGUGAAGACCGAUCAUCGACCUUGUUCAUCCGCAACCUACCCUUCACUUGCGCUAAUGAAGAUCUGGAAGAUCACUUCGAACAAUUUGGAAGUAUUCGCUACGCAAGAGUGGUCAUGGACCAUGAGACACAGCGCUCCAAGGGAACUGGUUUCGUUUGCUUCUACAACAAAGAAGACGCAGAUGCUUGCCUUCGUAGUGCACCAAGUCGAAUGAUGACCCCAGCGAACGAUCAGAAAACAAAAGAUGGAAAGCAGGCCCAGCCAUCUCAUUCCAUCUUGCAGAACGUCGAUGUUGACUCGACUGGUCAGUACACUCUCGACGGACGAGUGCUCCAAGUCUCCAAAGCCGUGGACAAGAACGAAGCCAGUCGAUUGACUGAGCAAGGCGUUGCGCAUCGGAAUGAACGCGACAAAGAUAAGCGUCGACUAUACCUGCUCUCUGAAGGAACGAUCUCGACCAAAUCGAAGCUGUGGGAACAGCUCUCCCCAUCUGAGAAAGCAAUGCGUGAGGAAAGCGCGAAGCAACGGAAGAAGCUGAUUGAGAGCAACCCAUCGUUACACUUGAGUCUCACACGUCUGUCUGUGCGCAAUCUUCCACGGACAAUUGAUUCGAGGGAGUUGAAACAACUGGCGCGCGAUGGCGUUGUGGGCUUUGCCAAGGAUGUCACUGCCGGCCUCAGGCAGAGGCUCUCUGCAGAGGAGCUAUCUCGGGGUGGCGAGGACAUGCAAGAGGCCGAGCGGUACCGUAAACAGGCUGGCAAGGGCAUUGUCAAGCAGGCUAAGGUUGUGUUCGAGAGUGCGGGAGGCAGCAAGAUCAGUGAAGAAAAUGGAGCCGGGCGGAGCCGUGGCUACGGAUUCAUCGAAUACCACACUCACCGGAAUGCGCUCAUGGGUCUGCGCUGGCUCAAUGGUCACGCCGUGGGCUACCAGGUCAAGGAAGAUAAUGGCAAGUUGAGCCGAGAAGAUGUGCAAGAUCGCAAGAAGAGGAUGAUUGUGGAGUUCGCUAUUGAGAACGCGCAGGUAGUCAUGCGGCGUAAGGAGCAAGAGGAGAAAGCCAGGAAACGGGGCGAGGCCGUGAGACAGGGCCUGCCAACGGACCAUGAUGACACGGCGAAAGACGUAUCGAAGUCGGCGAAGAGCAAAGGAAAAGACAAGGGACGGAAACGGAAGCGAGGCUCCGAAGUAGCACCAUCAUCCACACCAGCGACAGCAACCCGGUCGGACAACUCCAAGGGCGGCACGAAGCAGCCCAUUGACGACAAGCAGGCUCGUCGUAACCAAAUCAUUGGUAGGAAGAGAGCCAUGAGAAAGACUCGUAAAGGCGGAAAGGCCUAA